UCUUUUAAAAAAAACCCCAUUCCACGCGCACACCCUCUCCCUCUAUCCAACUUUAGCAACAACUAAACUUUGAAGCGCUGGUGGUGAGCUUCAGUCAUUGUUUGGAUUCAGGGACGAUGAGCUUCUUGAGACCAUGUGCUUUGUACAAGUCUCUGAUAACUUUCCCUUCACUAAAAUGGAUGCCUUGCCAGAGUUGGGGUUUCCUUAGGUGGCCAGGUCUUGAUGGGUUCUUUAGGUUCUUAGUCAUCGCUCUUUUGUGGACCACGUUUUCGGAGAUUCGUUUCAUUCCUUCUUCUUCCAUGUACCCUACCCUUCGUGUUGGUGAUCGGGUCAUUGUCGAAAAGGCCUCGUACUUCUUCAGAAGUCCCGCUAUAAAUGAUAUCGUAACAUUCCGAGCUCCAGAUCAGGAGCCUGGAUUCGGGAAGGAUGCCGUUUUUAUUAAGAGAAUUGUCGCAAAGGCUGGUGACUUGGUUCAGGUUCAUCAUGGGUCACUCUAUGUCAAUGGUGUUGAACAACAGGAAAAUUUCAUAGCUGAACGACCAUCAUACGCAUCAGACUUAACGUAUGUCCCUAAUGAUCAUGUUUAUGUGUUGGGAGACAACCGUAAUAACAGCUACGACUCUCAUAACUGGGGGCCGCUGCCGUCGAAAACAUUGUCGGAAGAUAUGCGAUGUGUUGUUAUAGACCUUCCAACCAUAGACCUGCAACAAGUUCAGGGAUGAACUAGACAGGCCAAUUUUCUCCAACUCUUGACAAAGCUGGGGUGUAGAUACAUGGAGUUGUAGUGGUGUUUUUCUGUGAUCUUGUCGCAAAUUUUUUUCAAUGAAAUGCAUCCCAAUGCUAUUAAUAUAAGCUUGUUUAAAUAUGAUUGUGGAU